AUGUUCCGCCCGGCAUUUGUUCCAACCACUGCACCAUCAGUCAGAAACUCUGGCACAUCACUGAGUCGGUCAUCCUUUCUGUCUCUACGCAAUCCUGCUAAAUUCUGCAAUCAGGCGAUACGCUCAUCUCGUCUUCAUGUUCACACUGCCCCCUUGAAAAGCUCCACAGUCGUGUCUGCAGUCGCUGCCCAGCCUCUCACUGGCAAACGGGUGCUCGUUAUCGGCGGAACUCGCUUCUCUGGUUUGUACCUAGUCCACGAGCUCGCCAACCGUGGCGCCAACGUCGUUGUCCUCAACAGAGGGUCGAAGCCUGUCGGAGACCCAUCAUUGAAAGUUCCUGGAGAGACCGACGAGCACUUCAAAGAACGAAACGACCGCACUACUCAGAUCGUUGCGGACCGCACCGAUGCUGAAGCUCUCACUUCAGCCCUCGCAAGCGAAAAGUUUGAUGUCAUCUUCGACAACAACGGUCGCGAGCUCUCCGAUUCCAAGCCCCUCGCCGACCUCGCAAAGAAGAUGGACGCCCAUUUCGUCUACAUGUCUUCUGCAGGUGUUUAUUUGAAAGCCCCUGUGAUGCCUCACAUCGAGGGCGACGAGGUGGACCCAAAUUGCCGUCACAAGGGAAAACUCAACACCGAAGACUAUCUUCGUGAAACAGAUGUUACAUACACUGCCAUUAGACCAACUUAUAUCUACGGAGCAGGAAAUUACAACCCUUUGGAUCAGUGGUUCUUCGAACGUCUUGACAAGGGAAUGCCGAUUUGCGUCCCUGGUCACGGCGCCCACCUUACCGGGCUCGGCCAUGUGCGCGAUCUGGCCGCAGCGAUGGCCGCAUGCGCAUGCAACCCAGUCUCCUUCGGUCAAGUUUACAACGUUCAAGACCGUAGAGCAGUGACCUUUGAUGGUGUGGCCAGGUUGUGCGCAAAGGCUAUGGGCAAGCCAGAACCAGAGAUCAUCCACUACAAUCCAAAGGAUAUGGACUUCGGGAAAAAGAAGGCUUUCCCAUUCCGCCCACAACACUUUUUCUGUUCUCCCAACAAAGCGUUGCGAGAGCUGGACUGGGAGGUGGAAUAUGAUUUAAUGGCAGGGUUGAAGGAUGCGUAUGAGAACGACUUCCUUUUGAAAAAGGAGAGGGGCGGCCUAAAGAACGAUUUCACAACUGAUGAUAUUAUUCUCAGCACUGUGAAGGGCGCCUCAGUGGUCUGAAUACUACCUGCAGUCGAUAAUAGCGCGAGUUAAUAUUUCGCCACUCCAGGACCGCAAUUUCUUUUGGGACCGAAGAGUUCAAGUUCAUCAAGUGCGGCAUUUUAUGUAUAUUGGUCGCGUUAUGGGUAAUUGCCUUCUCUGCUAGUUAGAGUGAAUGCAAACAUUCCAUGUUAAUAGAAAUCUCUUUUUUCCUUUACAGUCCGAGCAAUAUACUAGUUCAGUCCA